AUGCCUACAGCUCAAUAUACCGGAACUCCGAUGCCUACAGCGCAGCAUGUCGGAACUCCAAUGCCAACAGAAAUCCAUGAGGAUGACCUACUCGUAUCGGCCUACCCUGGAUACGAGCAAACUGGUCGUAACUGCCAGUGUGGAACACCAAUCAAACAGUUCUCAGAAGAAUACGAUUCUCUCGAGUUGUGUGCCGCGGAGUGCAAUUUGUACCCCAACUGUGCCGCCAUUGCUCUUCAUCCUUGGCAGUCUAUCUGGAGAGGCCAAUGUGAUCUCUACAAUGCAACGUGUGUGGAAACGAACGGGCAUGACUCCAACACCACCUGUGCCAACCCAACCCCGCUUGGAGCCCUCAGUGUCAAUUUUAACCGGGUACCGACGCCCGCGCCCACGCCUGCACCCACGCCUGCACCAGACCCUUGCGAUGUUACGGAUGGAUCGUUUCCGAGUGCUUUCUACCCGUGUCAGUGCGGGCCUGAUGUGGUGUGUGUCACAAGCGAGGUUUGCUCAAAGGACAGGCGAGGCUAUUCGUGCUCUCCUCCAGGCAUUCUCAAGGUAGAAUGGCCGUGUUUGACGACUUCGAUCGGCAGCUCCUACUUCGUGCUUGCUGGGAGUAGCGCAACAGGAGCGCCAGUGUACAGCAACACCGAUGGCAAUUACAUAUAUUGGGAUGUGUCGUGCGAUGGCAUCGAGCGACCUUUGCAAGAUCAGCAGCCGCGAUGGAUUCUCGACUCAGACUCACCAAACAUGACAUCGACCAUGGAUUUAGAUUCUGAUUCGGAGUGCUUUUAUUUUGGGCAUCACGGUAGUUCUGAUUUCAAUGGUGUCCCUUUGGGGAGCACAGUUUGGACGGUGGCAUGCGACGGUGAAGUUUCCGACAUGACGGUGAACAUCACUUAUGAAGCAUAUCUUCCCACCCCAUCGCCGACGAUGGAACCUGGGGCACCGUGCACUUGUGACCAGGGAUGUGGCAUGUUUCCUUACCUUGACUUAGAUGGUGAUGGUUGCCUAGUGGAGGCAGAAGUGAACAAAGAUGAGAGUCUCAGCGGGCACUUUACCGAGAUCGACACGGACGGGGACGGCUGCGUUACCCAGACAGAGUGUGGGGACUCGCCGUAUUCGAGUGAUUUGUCUAGGUUCCCAAUCCAGGGCCCACAAGAAUGCGACUACGGAUACUAUUUCAUGGAGGGCACCAGCGUCUGCCAGCAAUGCGCCAACGGUGCCACGCGGCGGCGCCGCUCGGAGGCCUGCAGCGACUGCCCCGCGGACAAAGAGGACGUGGGCGACUUCGAUAACUGCAUCUCGGGGGUGUGGCUCACUGAACCACUCGCGGUUGGGUCCCGCGUUGCCUUCGUCAACAAGGACAUAGACGAGAGCGGCGUAUUGCUGCAGAAGGGCGAUGGGAUCACCAUUUCGACGCGAAACCCUGGCCACUUCGAGAGAAUGAUUAUCAUCGACAAGGUUGGUUUCAAUGAUACCCAGAGGUUGUCGUCACACCAUGAAUCCCUGCUCCGUACGAGUGGGCCUUUUUUCGUGCUGGACCACGGGGCGAACGCGCCCUUCAACACGUUCGACCCGAUCGUCUCUGCUUGUACAGAUGUAAGUGGAAUCUCGCUUAGCGGACAGUACCCAUGCGGAUGCGGCAUCGAAAUCUGCGAUUUCGGGUACAGGUGUGACGAGCAGUGCAGUGGGAACAAUACGGUCCUCGAUUCUUACGCGGGCAUCAGCUACGGGAACGGCGGAUGCUGUAUCGGCCCCCCUGUCUCUACUUCUGCCCACCCCAGCCCCGACAGUGUCGGCCAAGGGUGA